CCGCCUGCCCCUGCCAUGGAUACCUUCUUUAAGAGACACUUCCAGCGGAAGGGCCCAGGCCCUGGAGAGGGGCAGCGGAGGACCAGUGGCGUGGGGCUGCCCACGGGCAAGGCCCGGCGCCGCUCCCCGGCCGGGCAGGCCUCCUCCUCGCUGGUCCAGCGGCGCCGCUCCAGCGCCCAGCUCCAGGGCUGCCUGCUGAGCUGCGGCAUGGGGAGCCGGGGCUCCAGCCGCCGGCGCUCCAGCACCAUUCCGCCCGCCUGCAACCCCCGGUUCAUCGUAGACGAAGUGUCCCCCACACAGUCUGCCAGUAUGGGGGCCCAGCUUCUGAGUGCACCCCUGCUGCUGGCCGGGCUGGUGGACAUGAAGGAGGAAGAGGAGAAGGGGCCCCGGGGGGAGGAUGUGCCGGGUGUGGCUGCCCAGCCAGGCCGGGAGAGAGCCGGGACACCCCCACCCCACGGAGCCCGCCCCCUGCUGCCUGUGCGCCUUAGCCGGCGCCUCCGCCGAGCCUCCGCCCACCUGCUCCCUGCAGAAGUGGUGUACGACCCCACCCUCUGGGGCCUGCGCGGCAGCUACCGGCGCCUCAGCCAGCAGCGGCCCUUGAGCCCGCACCCUGGCCCUGGGGGCCGAAGAGCCUCUGGCCCCGCAGCUGGCGCCGCCGUGCCCGCCCGCAUGCGCCUGCUGUCCCGCAGGCGUCAGGUAGCGCUGCGGCGCAAGUCGCCGGGACCCCAGGCCUGGAGCGCCCUGCUUGUGAAAGCCAUCACCAAGUCGGGCCUCCAGCACCUGGCACCCCCUCCUCCCGCCCUUGGAGCCCCGUGCAGCGAGCCAGAGCGGCAGAUUCGGAGCACCGUGGACUGGAGCGAAUCAGCGACGUAUGGGGAGCACAUCUGGUUCGAGACCAACGUGUCCGGGGACUUCUGCUAUGUUGGGGAGCAGUAUUGUGUAGCUAAGAUGCUGCAGAAGUCAGUGUCCCGGAGAAAAUGCGCAGCCUGCAAGAUUGUGGUGCACACCCCCUGCAUUGAGCAGCUGGAAAAGAUUAACUUCCGCUGUAAGCCGUCCUUCCGGGAAUCGGGCUCCAGGAACGUGCGCGAGCCAACCUUCGUGCGGCACCACUGGGUGCACAGACGGCGCCAGGAUGGCAAGUGUCGGCACUGUGGGAAGGGCUUCCAGCAGAAGUUCACCUUCCACAGCAAGGAGAUCGUGGCCAUCAGCUGCUCCUGGUGCAAGCAAGCCUACCACAGCAAGGUGUCCUGCUUCAUGCUGCAGCAGAUCGAGGAGCCAUGCUCCCUGGGGGUCCACGCCGCAGUGGUCAUCCCGCCAACCUGGAUCCUCCGUGCCCGCAGGCCCCAGAAUACCCUCAAGGCGAGCAAGAAGAAAAAGAGAGCGUCCUUCAAGAGGAAAUCUAGCAAGAAAGGGCCUGAGGAGGGCCGCUGGAGACCCUUCAUCAUCAGGCCCACCCCGUCCCCCCUCAUGAAGCCCCUGCUGGUGUUUGUGAACCCCAAGAGUGGGGGCAACCAGGGCGCUAAGAUCAUCCAGUCCUUCCUGUGGUAUCUCAAUCCCCGACAAGUCUUUGAUCUGAGCCAGGGAGGGCCCAAGGAGGCGCUGGAGAUGUACCGCAAAGUGCACAACCUGCGGAUCCUGGCAUGUGGGGGCGACGGCACAGUUGGCUGGAUCCUCUCCACCCUGGACCAGCUGCGCUUAAAACCACCGCCCCCGGUGGCCAUCCUGCCCCUGGGCACUGGCAAUGACCUGGCCCGCACCCUCAACUGGGGAGGGGGCUACACCGAUGAGCCCGUGUCCAAGAUCCUCUCCCACGUGGAGGAGGGCAACGUCGUGCAGCUGGACCGCUGGGACCUCCGCGCCGAGCCCAACCCUGAGGCGGGGCUUGAGGAGCGAGAUGAAGGCGCCACGGACCGGCUGCCCCUGGACGUCUUCAACAACUACUUCAGCCUGGGCUUUGACGCCCACGUCACCCUGGAGUUUCACGAGUCACGAGAGGCCAACCCAGAGAAAUUCAACAGCCGCUUUCGGAACAAGAUGUUCUACGCCGGGACAGCCUUCUCUGACUUCCUGACGGGCAGCUCCAAGGACUUGGCCAAGCACAUCCGCGUGGUGUGUGACGGGAUGGACCUGACCCCCAAGAUUCAGGACUUGAAACCCCAGUGCAUCGUUUUCCUGAACAUCCCCAGGUACUGUGCGGGGACCAUGCCCUGGGGCCACCCCGGCGAGCACCACGACUUUGAGCCCCAGCGACAUGACGACGGCUACCUCGAGGUCAUUGGCUUCACCAUGACGUCCCUGGCAGCGCUGCAGGUGGGCGGGCACGGGGAGCGGCUGACGCAGUGCCGCGAGGUGGUGCUCACCACGUCCAAGGCCAUCCCGGUGCAGGUGGACGGCGAGCCCUGCAAGCUGGCCGCCUCCCGCAUCCGCAUCGCCCUGCGCAACCAGGCCACCAUGGUGCAGAAGGCCAAGCGGCGCAGCGCCGCGCCCCUGCACAGCGACCAGCAGCCCGUGCCCGAGCAGCUGCGGAUCCAGGUGAGCAGGGUCAGCAUGCAGGACUACGAGGCCCUGCACUACGACAAGGAGCAGCUCAAGGAGGCCUCUGUGCCACUGGGCACCGUGGUGGUCCCUGGAGACAGCGACCUGGAGCACUGCCGAACCCACAUCGAGAGGCUCCAGCAGGAGCCGGAAGGUGCUGCGGCCAAGUCCCCAACGUGCCAGAAACUGUCCCCUAAGUGGUGCUUCCUGGACGCCACCACUGCCAGCCGCUUCUACAGGAUCGACCGGGCCCAGGAGCACCUCAACUAUGUGACUGAGAUUGCCCAGGACGAGAUCUACAUCCUGGACCCAGAGCUGCUGGGGGCAUCGGCCCGGCCUGACCUCCCCACCCCCCCCCCCCCCCCCCCCCCCCCCGCUCCCCCCCGCCCCGGUGAGUCACUGCCAGGGGAUGCAGCGCCCCCUAAAGGUGACGAGCUGAUUGAGGCUGCCAAGAGGAACGACUUCUGUAAGCUCCAGGAGCUGCACCGAGCCGGGGGGGACCUCACGCACCGGGAUGGACAGGGCCGCACUCUUCUGCACCAUGCUGUGGGCGCCGGCAGCAAGGAGGUGGUCCGCUACCUGCUGGACCACGCGCCCUCAGACAUCCUUGAUGCUGUCGAGGAAAACGGGGAGACCUGCCUGCACCAGGCAGCAGCCCUGGGCCAGCGUACUAUCUGCCACUACAUCGUGGAGGCAGGGGCCUCGCUCAUGAAGACAGACCAGCAGGGUGAUACUCCCCGGCAGCGGGCUGAGAAGGCUCAGGACACGGAGCUGGCCGCCUACCUGGAGAACCGGCAGCACUACCAGAUGAUCCAGCGCGAGGACCAGGAGACAGCGGUGUAGCCGGGGGCCAAAGCCGGGGCAGCAGGAGGCCUGGGCUGACCAGAGAAUGAGCCCCCUUCUUGCCCAUCUCACUGCCACAUUCCAGUGGGACAGCCACGGGGGGACCCAUGCCCCAGGGAAGGAGCCCCGUGUUGCCCCCUAAGGAGCUGCCCAGACCCAAGGCUGGACUCUGAGGGUCUCACUUGCCCCUGAGGCCCCGACCUGAGCUGAAGGCUCACGGGAACAGGAAACUGAACUGGGCUGGGCAGGCCCUCAGGGGCUGGGACAGGGGCACUUUGGGCAGCCCUUGCUGGAGCAGGAGAUGAGGCCCGAGGGGCAGGGCAGAAGGGCUGGAGCCCCGUCGGGACAGCUUCCUACGCCACCGUCCUACGCCACCAUCGUCCUUCGAAGCCCUGCUCAGGGUCCUGGGAGCUGCGUCCCCUGGGCUGCCCUGAACCCACCACCCUCCCAAAGCUUCCUCGGGGGACGUGGGCUGCUGCACUUGCCUGCCCGCUGACCUGCUUGGCACCAACCUGGGUGACCCUUCCCAUGUCAUUUCAUUGGGGACUUUGUGGCCUGGGGUUUGGGGUGGGGCUCCCACGGUGAAAUGUUUACAGCUGGGUGUGACUCAGUAAAGUGGACUUUUUUCCUUUG